AUUUUUUUUUUUUGUUAGCUUCUGCCUAGGGACGUCCCACCCUUUUACUGAGGGGAAACAGGCCCGAGUGGAGGGAGGCACCGUCCAGCGCGCCCUGAACUCUCGGCCCCGCCCUCCUCCGCUGCAGUGUUCCGCGGAGGCUCCGCCCAUGCCCCCUCCCGCCCCAUCCCUGUGACUCGGAAGAGGCCCGGGCCAACUCUUGGAUACCUUCAGCUCCCUGGUUGGAGGUUCAGGCCUGGAUCCCAUUUGAGACACUUGGAGAGGGAAAGGCAGGGUUGUGGCUUCUGCUUUUGGCUCCCGAUGACAUGAAAAGUAAAAAGGGAUGUAAUGAAUGCAGGAACAGUAAGAAACCCGUCAACAUGUGUAAAAAUGAGGCAGACAGAAGUGUCAGCCAAAACCUUCCAAGGCCCAGCCGUCGUCUGUAGGACUCCAAGUAGCCAUGUUUAUAUGUUCAAGAAUGGCGGUGGGGAUUCAGGAGACUCCUCUGAGGAAGAGUCACACCGGGUGGUUUUACGACCACGGGGUAAGGAGCGCCCAAAGAACAGUGCCCAGCAACCUCGGCAGCCUGGAGCAGGUGACGUGAUCCUGUUGCAGCGGGAGCUGGCCCAGGAAGACAGCCUCAACAAGCUGGCUCUUCAGUAUGGCUGCAAAGUGGCGGAUAUCAAGAAAGUGAACAACUUCAUCCGAGAACAAGAUUUAUAUGCAUUGAAGUCCAUCAAGAUUCCAGUGAAGAACCAUGGGAUCCUUACAGAGACCCACCAAGAACUUACACCUCUCCGAAGCCCGUCCUCUGAGAUGAGAAUGACCUUGGUGGAGCUGCCUGAAGACACUGCAGGGCCAGACGUGCAGGGCAGCCAGCUGACGAACUUCUUCAAGGGGAUUGACGAGAACAUUGAGCGGGCUGUGCAUUCUGAUGUUUUCCAUGAUGACAGCUGCUGCGUGGAACCCCUAGGUCAGCCGCUUCUCCCUGCUCCCCCAAAGCCAUCAUCUGAUGGUGCAGACUGUGGUAUUCAGUGGUGGAAUGCUGUCUUCGUUAUGCUGCUAAUUGGGAUUGUGUUGCCAGUGUUUUACUUGGUCUAUUUUAAAAUUCAAGCUACCAGGGAGACUCCGAAUAGCUUGAACACAACCACAGUCCCCAAUGGCUCACUAGCACUGAGUGCAGUUCCAGGGCAAGCUCCCAGGUUAGCAGUUCCAGUGUCUACUCUCCCCUCCUCAGAUAGCCAGAUCACCCAAGCUGAGACCUGAGCUCUUGGAUUUGAGAAUGAGCCAAGCCUUGGAAGUUGGUUCAUGAUGUACAUAGCUGUUGUGUUUGUCAAACACUCUUGAGGGUGCUGGGUUUUGUUUCCUGAGAUGUGUGGACAGUUUCAGAAAUCCGUGUAGUAUUCUGUUUCUUGGACUCUGAGGAAUUGGCCUUGCCUAGGCUUCUGGAUCCCAACCACCACCACCUCAACUUCCUCUUAGCUUUCAGAGGUACAGUGAGACAGACGUUUAUAUGUGACCCAUGCCCUUUCUUGAUGCUACUUAGGGAACUGUUGUGAGGGCUUUCACAGCAGCCCUGUAUGAACCCCAAAGUUGGAUGUGUUCUGAGGGACGGAGUGGCCUUGGUUAAGAGACAUACCAUAUGGGUGCCCCAGGGAUUGGUUUUGUUACUCGCCAGUUGCAGUGUCCCUUCCUGCUUGUGGGGGUGGUGGACAGGGAUUGGUUUUGAGAUAUGCUAUUCUGUGUCUCCCCAGGAAAGGUGCUAGAAGAUAGUAUUGAUAUGUCACCUUGUUUAGUGGGUGACAGAUGACAGCUAUAACAAGGCCUACUUCAUAUUUUCAUUUAACCUUGCGAAGUCAAUGCCACUUGUGGAAAGGCCUCCAUCCAGAAUGCGAUGGUAUUGGGUGAACAGCAGUUCUAUUCCUCAUGCUUUUAGAGAUUGUGGUUCUACACAUGGGCAGGUCUUAAGCUGUACACAAUGUGGCCACUCCCCAGUUUCAUGUGAGGGGCAUCUCCAUAGUGAUAGCUGCCUGGACUCCCCCAGUCAGCUUCUUGGAAGGAGCCCUUGCUGGCAGGUGGUGCAGAGAACAUGCACCUGCCACCAAGGCUGAGCCACUGCCAGGCCAGCACUGGCAAGAGCAACUACUACUCCCUCCAACACACACAUACCACCAUAUGCUGUGAACAGUGUUCCUCUUGCUGCUUCCCUGACUCCACUCUUAAGAACCAGAAGGUAGCAGUGUUUUCUCUUUGUAGAUGCCCAUGGAGUAAACCUCUAUCAGUAAACCUCUACCAUGUGGCUCAUAAUGUUAAAGACCAGAGACUUUGGGAGGGCUAGAGGUGUGUAUUCCUUUCCAUUACCACACCAAAAUACCUGAGAUAAGCAACUUGUAAGGAGGAGAGGUUUAUUUCAAAGCCUUCAAUCCAUGGUCAGUUGGCCUCUGGUGACACACAUCAUGGGGGAGUGUGUGGUAGAGCAACUGUUCAUCUUAUGGCCAGGAAUGAGGGAGGGAAAAUGAAGGGGCUGGGGGCCUAUUAUUCCCUUCAAGGGCAUACCCCCAGUGACCUAACUGCCUACUCAAUAUGUCCUACUUAAAGAUUCUGUACCUUCCAAUAAUGCCAAGAUGAGGACCAUGCCUUGAAGGUACUUGCCUGUGGGAAAAGUAUCCAAACCACAGCAAGUGAUUGCAGAAAGUCCUAAAAAGAGGGAGCUUGACACCGGAGGGAGGGAGUAGCCUGAGGUUUAAACAGCCCUCCUCCCUGAACAUGGCAGCCAGACCAUGUCCUGCAAGAGGUGUGUAGGUGGGUUGUCACUACAGGGAAGGGACUAAGGUGGCUGGAGUCUCAUCCGCAGAAGGUGACAGGGAGGAAAACACGCUGCCCAAAUGCCAAGUUUAGGGAUGGGUGGGGCAUUUGGCAGAUACUUGGGACCUAGGAAUACAUUUAGAUCUGACCAUGGAAGGAGAUGAGUAUGACAAGAUAGGCCUUUAAUUUCUUUCUCUUCUCAGUUUGUAAAAGGCAACUUACCCAGGGUUCAAUCAACAAAUUUAAAUUCCCUUCAACAUCAAAUGUUUUCGUACAGAUGAACCUGUGAAUGCCAGGACAGGAAACGCUUGGAUUAUAUAAGUACUUUUCUAGUUGGAUGUUUAUGCUCACUGUGGCCAAGAGCUACACAUUUCUGUGUCACCACCACUAACUUCAACAGGCAGGGGCUCAGAGUACUGUGAGAAGGUCACGGGAAUGAUGAAUGUAUCCCGUAUUUUUCUCAAGUGGAAUAAAAUAAUUUCUUCUGUGAAGGAAAAAUGACUCUCUUUAAAAUGUGGAGCUUGGUAGUAUAGAAUUAAAACGUGUGGAUUGAGGUGUCACACAUCUUUAAUUCUAGUACUCAGGAGGCUGAAGUAGGAUCCCUAUGAGUUCAAGGCCAGUCUGGGACUACAGAGUGAGUUCCAGGUCAACUUGGGCUAGAGUGAGACCUGUCUCAGAGAAACAUAAAAGCUAUGAGAUAUGAGGACAGUAGCAUCCGUGGGUAGGGCGAAGUCUGUGCCUCAUGCUUGGGCUCCAGUUGACAGCCCAGGGCUUGCACUGUGCAAGGCUCACCAGGUAGAAGGACAAAGAGGCAAUCAGCAAACUGCAGCUCCCUGAUAUAUAACAUGCUUCAUAAUUUUGCUAGACACAUGUAAAAAAUACCACAAAGUUUGUUUUUGUUGCAUUUUGGUGUCUUUGAGGGGUGGUUUGUUGGUUGGCCAUAAUGCUUAUGUCAAAGCUUAAGGAUUCUCCAGUUAGUACAGAAUGCUGUGCGUAUAGAUAGCCCCAGGGAGACAAGGCUGUAAGCUCAGUUGAGCACGAUCCCCCUACCCACAGUGGAGGGAAGGGAGGAGGUGAAAUGAAGAAAAGUCACAUGGGACCUUCAGGGCUUUAGGCUAAACUCACCUGUGGAAAAGACCCAGAGUCUUGAUUUCUCUGGGAAAAACUGAUCAACAGCCAGAAGCACACGCUACUCAUGGUGCUUUGUGUUUGCCACAUGCCAUAUACUGCCCUGAGAGCUGUACACAGGAACUCGUGUUUUCUCCCUCACUAUUGCCAUUUUACAGGGGGAGAAACUAAGCUAAGUCCUCUCAGUGGACGAGUUGCAGAGGGCUAUGCCUGUGCUUUUAAUCACCGGUUGGUCCCGGAUCGGCACUGCCAACCUGAACAGUGCUCAGAGAUGACUGAGGCUCUCUCCCCUCCCAAAUCCUGUUCCUAUGUAGUAUGUGCUGUCAGCACUCAGCACCUAGUGCACUUCUUUAUUGCAUCACCCACAGAUCUCAUGUCCCCUCUCCCACCGAGUCUUUUAGCACUUGUCUUCAUUUUCAGUAUCCCUGUAGCAUCGCAAUGGAGUACCUAUCUUUGCUAGGUUGCAUCACAUACAGAAACUUAAAUAUGUUCAGCAUCUCAAAGAAAACUAGAAGGGAUAGAAGUAUCCUUCUAUGAGCCCUAGCUGGGAUAGUAGUUUGUUAUUUUAUUUAUUUAUUUUUUAGUUUUUUAAGGUAGAGUCUCACUCCAUCCCAGGCUAACCUGGAAUUCACUGUGUAGUCUCAGAGUGGCCUUGAACUCAUAGCGAUCCUACCUCUGCCUCCCGAGUGCUGGGGUUAAAGUCGUACACCUCCACGCCCAGCUGUUUUGUUUUUUAAGUGGGUAUAAAAAGGCAUGCUUUAGGCUGAGGGGAAGCCCUAGAAGUGAGAAGAGAUUGAUCAGAGAGAAGGGAUAAUUGCAGAAGCGAGACCUCGAGACUUGAAUUCUACUCUAUAAAAUGGCAGAUUUGGCCCUAAAUAAGGGUGCUGACAGUCCAUCCACAGCACCUGGAGGGAAAGCUGUGUGCAUGGGCAGAUCCAGGAAUUUUACAGUAGGAAGAUUAAAUGUUUCUUAGGGGACUGAAACUACAUUCACAAUGUGAAAGGACUCAAGUCAGCUGGGUCAUGAAGUUUCAAUAGAGGGAGAAUAGAGUAACUUAUAUCCAGAAGUAAGAAGCCAAGAUAAUGGGGGAUUGUAGUUGCAUUUCUGGGCACCAUUGAUAGUAGUUUGUGCUCAUGGUGGAAUAAACAUAGCUUAGCAUUCGACUCAAAUGUACAUGGAAACUAGGUCUAUGAUACCGGUAGUAGUUCAAAUCUAUGAAGUGAAGAUGGGCUUUACUAAAUAUGAGAAAAGUUACAUAGCAAUUUAUAAGUCAAACAGUUAACUACAUGCGUAUGAAUAAACUCCAGAUGGAUUAGUUCUAAACAUACACGACGGAGCUGUGCAAGGAAGCAUGUGAAUUCCUCUCUGUCUUUGGCAUAGGAAAGGCAUUCAUAACUCAAAAUCCAUAAGGCAAUAAAAGAUUGAAAGAUACGGCCUGGGAGUAUGUCUCAGCAGUUAAAGGCAUUUGCUUGCAAAGCUUGGCAGCCCAAGUUUGAGUUUCUGGUGCCCACAUAAAGCCAGAUGCACAAAAUGGCAUAUGUGCCCGGAGUUCAUUUUCAGCAGGAAGAGGCCCCAGUAUGCCCACACUCCCCU